AUGAGGGUUGUAUCAGAAAUAAGGGAAGCACAAAAAAGUUCUGAAAAAGGUUACAAUGACGCGUUUGACUCCCUGGAAUCACAGUUAGUGGAAAAUACAAAAGCUCUUAAAGCCCAGAAUGACAAUAAUGAGAGAUUAAAUAAACUAAUAGAAACUCUGGUGACAGAAAAUAAUCGGCUAAAAAAGAAGGUGAACGAGUUGGAAAUGCGAGUGGAGGACAUGGAGCAAUACUCCAGAAGGAUUGUCAAGGAAGUCGGCAAGGCUCUGGACGUGCAGAUCUCGGAUGCUAUGGUGGACGCUUGCCACAGGCUUGGGAGGCAAACCGGAGACAACCCACCGGGAAUCAUUGUAAAAUUUGUGCGGAGGUUUGACAAGGAGGAACUCCUGAAGAAGAGGCGCGUGAAGAGGACGUUGUCAACCAGACACAUCGGAAGGAGCGACGAUCGGCCGAUUUACGUGAACGAGUCCCUGUCCCCUGCCCGACGGAGGUUGUACGCCAUGGCGAGAAGGGUCCAGAAGGAGAAGGACUUCAAGUUCCUGUGGGUAAGGAACGGGAAAAUCUUUCUCAGGAAGGAAGAGAACUCGCCUGUCAAAGUCAUCACCUGCCAAGACGACCUUCAAUGA